UAGCGAAUACCUAUAAUGCGCCAUGAAGGUCGAGCCAAGUUAAUUCCCGUGUCUCGCCAGAAGAUGGCAUCUGCAGCUGAAUCAUUCAUCCAUUUUUCAAACCACUGGUCCAAUGUGGCUACAGCGUAAUAUCAUACAGUGUCUCCGGACCAGAGCACAAUGUAACCACUCUGCUGUGCUAUUCCAAUAAAAAAAAAAUGGUUCUGAACAGGCCCAAAAACCUUGCUGAUCUCGAACAAGGGAGCCUGUGAUGUCAGUAGGCGGAGCUUCCAUUAGAGAUCACAGGAUGAGAAGCUCAAGUGACAUGAAAAUUGUUGAUUCAUAUUGGUGGAAACAAGAGACUGUAAGUUAAUGUUUGUAUCUUUUAAAUGUGAAUUUGGUUGUUGUUUUGGAGCACACAAGCUUAUAAAUAACCUUAAGGCUAACAUAUUCAUACUUAAUACCAAAAAACUUAAAUCUUGAUUUCCUUGGGACUUGAUACAGUCAACCACCAGAUCCUCCUGUCAACCCUAUUGAGAAAGGGCAUCUCAGGAACCGCACUCCAGUGGUCUUACCUCUCAGAUAGGUCCUUCAAGGUAUCUUGGAGAGGUGAGGUAUCCAAGUUGCAAAAUCUAGCUACUGGGGUGCCUCGGGGCUCAGUUCUUGGACCAUUUCUCUUUUCUGUCUACAUGGCAUCACUAGGUUCUGUCAUUCAGAAACAUGGCUUUUCAUAUCACUGUUAUGCUAAUGACACUCAACUCUACCUCUCAUUCCAUCCUGAUGAUCCGACGAUAGCUGCUCGCAUCUCAGCAUGUCUAACAGACAUUUCUUGCUGGAUGAAGGACCAUCAACUUCAACUCAACCUAGCUAAGACAGAACUGCUUUUAGUUUCAGCAAACCCAUCACUUCAUCACAAUUUCUCCUUCCAGUUAGGCUCAUCAACCAUAACAGCCAGAAACCUUGGAGUUGUGAUUGAUGAUAAGCUGACUUUCUCAGACCACAUUGCUAAAACUGCCCGGUCCUGCAGAUUUGCAUUAUACAAUAUUAAGAAGAUCAGGCCCUUUCUCUCGGAACAUGCAACAAAACUCCUUGUUCAGGCUCUCGUUCUGUCCAGACUUGACUAUUGCAGUGCUCUCUUGGCAGGUGUUCCAGCCAAUUCCAUCAAACCUCUACAAUUAAUCCAAAAUGCUGCUGCAAGAUUAAUCUUUAAUGAGCCGAAAAGAACGCACGUCACGCCUCUAUUCAACAAUUUGUACUGGCUACCAAUAGCUGCUCGCAUUAAAUUCAAGGCAUUAAUGUUUGCCUAGAACCACCACUGGCUCUGCACCCCUUUACCUAAAUUCAUUACUUCAGACUUAUGUGCCCUCUAGAAGCUUGCGUUCUGCAAGUGAACGACACAUUAUUGUUCAUCCCAAAGAGGCACAAAAUCACUUUCACUGACUUUUUCAUUAACUGUUCCCAUCUGGUGGAAUGACCUGCCCAACUCAAUCCGAGCAGCUGAGUCCUUACCCAUCUUCAAGAAACGGCUAAAAACUCAUCUCUUCCAUCUUUAUUUGACCCUCUAACUCUACUACUCUCUAUUCUAAUUUUAUUUUAUCUAUCUGUCGUCUUUUAUUUUAAAAAAAAAAACACAUUUGACCCUUUAUCAAUUGCAUAUUUAUUCGAACUGCUAGCUUUUCUUGUAAAACUAACACUAGGUUUCUUUUUUUCUAUUCUAUCUACUUGUUUCUUAUAAAAUAAAUAUAAUAUAGAAAAAACAAACCUAGUUGUUGUUUUAUUUAUCGUUUUCUUAAAAAAAAAAAAAAAACACCCCAACUAAUGUGUAGGCUGCAUUAGGCUAACCACGACUUGUAAUAGCACUUGCAUGUUGUUGCUCUUUUGUUGGUUUUGAUUGCUUCUAAUGUGCGUAAGUCGCUUUGGAUAAAACCCAUCUGCUAAAUGACUAAAUGUAAAUGUACUUAACAAAACAUGAAUGCAAUGGGAUUUAAGCCUGUCUAACCAUCCAUAACAACUCAGCAUAGCCUAGACUAGAGUAAAGCAGUGUAAUAUAAUUAAAAUGCAAGUUUACAGUGUUAUUCUCUCCGGUGUGUUACUGCGCUUCUCUGAUUCUGCGCGCGGUUCUUUGUCCUGUCCUCCAGAAAGCCGCCAACUCGCGUAAUUCAAAAAUUAACGGUCAUUUUGAUUGCCGGGCCGGCUAACAUGAUCGAUGACUUUAUUUAAUAAUAUGAAAUGGGUAUAUUGUAUCCAUGUCUUGGCAACGCCUCGAAAUACGGUGUUUUUUAAAUAAAAUAAAUUAGGUUUGGUGCAGCCCUCCACACACACACACACACACACCUGCGGAGCGUCUCUUCACUUCAUCGCUCGUACUGUAGGAGGCGCUGUGAUCAUCUUUAGUUCACCCGUAAAACCACUGAAGAAAGAAGGAAGACUGGAGCACACAGGCGAUGUUGAUCAUGAAAGCGCAGGUGGAUGUGAUCUGCUGUAAAUCAGUAGGAACUGAUCUGUCCAUGCUGGAUAUUGAGGAUUUCAUCACAGAAAUCUGUCGGCUGAAGAAAGAGGUGGCGUCACUGGAGGCAAAGCUGAGAGAAAGAGGAGACAAACUGAACAGAGAGGAUGUGGAGAAGGUUUCAGUGCGUGUGGCUGAUGGGACAGAAGCUCAGGAUUCAGUCUGGAGCGUCAGAGAUCAGAGAUCCAGAGACACACAGGACUCAGAGCUCAGCCUCACUUUACUCUGUUAUACUGACGCUCAGGAUCAUGAAUCCACUGAUCAAACCUCUGACUGUAACGCUGGAGAACAGCAGAUGCUGCAGACGCCGCUGAAGAUGUGCUCCGUCAAACUGGUGGACUGCAGGAACCUGAUCGAGAGCAGAGCAGAAGAAACCACCGCAGAGGAACAACAACAGAGUCACGAGGAAGAGGAGGAUGAAGAUGAUUAUGAGAAUAAUGGGAAUUAUCAUGUUGAAGAUGGUGACUUUGUUCCUUCAGAUGACAGCGCUGGUUCCUCUUCUGAUGGAGAAACUGGGUCUACAUCUAAAGAGCAAAGUACAGAGACCAACUGUGGAAAAACAUUCAGCAAACAGGAUCAUUUAACAAGACAUCAGAGAACACACACAAAACAGAAAGACUUCAGCUGCAAAAUAUGCAACAUCAGCUUUCCUACCUUCAAAGAGAGAACACUUCAUUCAAAAGAGCACAGCGUGAAGAAGGAGUUUCGCUGCGAACAGUGCGGGAAGGAUUUCUUCAACACUCUUUAUAGUAUGAGAGCUCAUAUAAAGACACACGAAGAAAAGUCUCUUCAGUGCAACGAAUGCAACAAGUUUUUCCGCAACAAACGAGAUCUUUCUGUUCAUAUGAGAAUCCACACGGGUGAAAAGCCGUACAAGUGCCCUCACUGCGAGAAGAGCUUCAACCAGGGAUCUAAUCUGAAGACACAUCUACUCAAGCACAGCAAUGACAAACCGCAUCAGUGCAGUGAAUGUGGAGAACAUUUUAUAAGCUCAACAUCUCUAAAGUUACACCAAAAAAUGCACUCUGAUGACAAACCGUAUCAGUGUUCACACUGUGAGAAACGUUUCCAUCAUUUGACUCACCGGAAAACCCAUGAGAGGAUUCACACCGGAGAGAAACCGUACCUGUGCUCCGACUGCGGGAAGAGCUUUGCUAGUUCAUUUGCUUUCAAAGUUCAUCUGAGAAUUCACACAGGAGAAAGACCGUAUCCCUGUAGUGAUUGUGGGAAGAGUUUCUAUAAGCUAAGUGACUUAAAAAUACACAGGAGGACUCAUACAGGAGAAAAGCCUUAUAAAUGCUCACAUUGUGAUAAGACUUUCGCCAUAUCAACUUCCCUGAAGAUCCAUAAACGAAUGCAUACAGGAGAGAAACCUUUCUGCUGCUCCAUCUGCGGCGAGAGAUUCUCUUUUAAAUGGGGUUUUCAGACGCACCAGAAGAAACACGCCGCUCCAGGAUCAUCAUAGCUUCAUCAUGCAAUUAUGUUUAGGUUGUCUAAAACACAGUGUUGCAGAAAUGUUGUUUUAUGAUGUGUAAAAAGUUUGAAAAAAAGUUGUCUCUAGGAUAGGGAUGCCUAAACCUGCUCCUGGAGGGCCUCUGUCCUGCAGAGUUUAGCUCCAACCAUAAUUAAACACACCUGAAGCUGCUAAUCAAGAGCUGUGUUUAAAAAAACUGUAGUUUUGGAUGCCAUUUCAAAUAGGGCAGGUGAUUUCAGACAGUGUAUUUUGAGUACGUUCAAUCAGUCCCACAAUGCAGUGCAAUAAUGAGUGUACAACUGAUGUACACCAACAGCUAGCGAAUACCCAUAAUGCACUGUGUCUCAUACACCAAAUUAACUCCUGUGUCUCGCCAGAAGAUGGCAUCUGCAACUAAAUCAUCCAUCCAUUUUUAAAACCACUUGUCCAAUGUGGCUACAGUGUAAUGUCACUCAGCUAUUAAUUCCUUUGUAAUUGAUUAUUACGUUGUUUUAUUAAGGUUUAUACACUGCUCAAAAAAUUUAAGGAACACUUCAGCUCUCAUCGGGGAAAAAUAUCAUGCUGGAUAUCUAUACUUAUAUGGACUGGGUAGUGUGUUAGGAACAAAAGGAUGCCUCAUCAUUUGGUGGAAAUGAAAAUUAUCAACCUACAGAGGGCUGAAUUCAAAGACACAACGAAAAUCAAAGUGAAAAAAUGAUGCAGCAAGACAUGUGACAUUUUCUGUAUCAUUACACCAGUCUUCAAUGCAUGAUCCUUCACAAAUCAUUCUAAUAUGCUGAUUUAUUAUCAAUGUUGGAAACAGUUGUGCUGCUUUAUUUUUGCUUAAAUCCUUGCUGAAUAAAAACUAAUUGCUUUCAAAAAAAAGUACUGCCCUCAGGCUUUUGAAUGGUAGUGUAUAUUGUUGCAAAAAUUAUAUUUUAAAUGCUGUUCUUAUUUAACUUUUUAUUCAUCAAAGAAUUCUGAAAAAAGUAUCACAGGUUUCCAACAUUGCUAAUAAAUCAGCAUUGCAUAAAAUUCAUUAAGUAAAUAAAGUAAAUUAAUAAAGUAUAUUAAAAUUUUGAUCAAAUAAAUGCAGGCUUGAUGACUAUAAGUGACUUAUUGCAAAAAUAUAAAAUAGUAAUGUAUCCAAACUUUUGACCUAUAAUUUUAUUCCCCUCAUAUUGCAUUUUACAUUUGAGCCCCUGCCCCUGAGGAACUCUCUGCAUGUCCCUGUUAGCCAGGGUUCAAAGUCCAAACCGCCAGGAAAAUCUGCGCUGAAACUGUUACUCGUCAGCUGCUCAGUAACACUUUUAUGAAUUUUUACAAGGCAUGUGACAGUGUGAUAAGUGCAUCUUCCCAAAUUAGUAAUGAGAAUAAUUUAGAAAUCUGCUGCUGUCAACAAAAAGAAGCACUGAGGACUUCCUGCGGGUUUCCGUCAAAAU